CUUGUAAAGAGUUUAACGGAGACUGAAUAUUUGUAAUUUUUCUUUUUAAACCAAAUUAAUGCUUUUGAGUUAUUUAUGUGGUGAUGGCAAAAACAAAUAAAUAUAAAAUAGUGCGUAGUGGAAGUCCGGGGUAUCAGGUUGUUUUCUAGCCAGUAGCUCUUCGGCUUAUAAGAGGGAGUGCAUGUGUGUGAGCUUCAGAACUGAAGCUGUGGCGUUAGUAGAGUGCUCAUGUACGAGUGAACGAACGUAUGGAUACAAAAUCUCAUUUGACAUCCCCUACCUUGUGCCUACCACGUUGCUGAGCACUUCAGGUGGAUUUACUUAGAACAGAACUGCAUAGAUGGCAAACAUGGCCUCUGCCUCAACCAGCAGUGAAAGCGAGUCGCAAAGUGUGCUGACCUGGGACCAAGUGAGCCGCUUGAAUGAUGUGCUAACGGAAGCUGUGCCAGUCCACGGCCGUGGCAACUUUCCCACCCUGGAGGUACGGCUGAAGGAUAUUGUACAGAUGGUAAGAACGCGUCUAGAGCUGAGGGGCAUAAUGGUCAAAGAUGUACGUCUGAAUGGUUCCACAGCCAGCCACGUGCUGGUAAAGGACAUUGGCUGGAGCUACAAAGACCUGGACGUCAUCUUCAGGGUAGACCUUCCUCGGGAAGAGGAAUUCCAGCUCAUCAAAGAUGUGGUUUUAGGCACUUUGUUGGACUUUCUUCCUGAGGGUGUGAACAAAGAGAAAAUCACUCCCAUGACCCUGAAAGAGGCCUACGUUCAGAAGUUUGUCAAAGUCUACACCGAACAGGACCGCUGGUCCCUUAUCUCGCUGUCCAACAACAACGGUCGCAAUGUUGAACUUAAAUUUGUGGACUCGAUACGGAGGCAGUUCGAGUUCAGUGUGGACUCAUUCCAGAUCAUUCUGGACUCUGUACUGUCAUACUAUGACUUCUCCGAAAGCCCCAUGUCUCGGCACUUCCACCCUACUGUGGUCGGGGAGAGCGUGUACGGUAACUUUGCCAUUGCUAUGGACCACCUCAGGAACAAGCUCAUUGCCACCAAAAGGCCUGAGGAAAUCCGUGGAGGUGGUUUGCUGAAAUACUGCAACCUCCUGGUGAGGGACUUCAGACCCACGGAUGAAGAAGAGUUCAAGGCCCUGGAACGUUACAUGUGCUCUCGUUUCUUCAUUGACUUUCCUGACAUUGGUGAGCAACAGCGAAAACUGGAGGCAUAUCUGCAGAGCCACUUUGUUGGUGAGGAGAAGAACAAGUACAACUACCUCAUGAUCCUACGUCGGGUUGUGAAUGAGAGCACCGUGUGCCUCAUGGGACAUGAGAGGCGGCAGACACUCAACCUUAUCUCACUUACAGCAUUUCGGGUGCUUGCAGAGCAGAAUGCCAUACCUGACGCAUCCAGUGUCACCUGCUACUACCAGCCAGCGCCUUAUGUCAGAGACCUAAACUUCAACAACUAUUACGUGGCCUCUUGUAACCAGUCUAUUCCAACUUGGUUGCCUUGUAAAUAAGACGCAUCCAAAAACACAAGUUGGCCAGAAAGCUGGAUAUUUGGCCAAAAGGGUUUUUUUCCCCUCUGUAGGCAUAAAGGAUAUUUAAAAUGACGUGUUCUCAUUUUCUUUUGCUUUUUUAUUUUUAUUCCUUAUCUACAGAGGUGUCAAGACAUUUUCUAAUCCAAAGCUAUAUAUUUUAGUGUUUUGAAUUAAGUAAAUUCUUUUGAAUUUUUUUUUUUUUUUGUUUUGUUUUUUUUUUAAAUAUAUAUAUUCUCAAUUUUCAGGUUAGUUUUUGUCACUCUCAUCUCUGUCUGAGAGGGGUUUUUUUUUUUUCAAAAUUGUAAAAAAAAUAAUUCCCAUAUUUCCUAUAGUGCCUUAAUAUACGCUAACCCUUAAAAGUGAAAGGAAAUUUUUGGGACAAAAAAAAAAGGUAUUUUUCCAGUGUGUUACUACAUAAGUGCAAAAUGGCCAAAAUAAUAAUAAUAAAAAAUUAAAAGUUGGAAGAAAAAAAAUUACAAAAUGUAAAAGAAAAAAGGAAGAAAAAGAUAUAAAAUGUUAGCACAGGUGAAAUUUAUCAGGAGUUUUUUGGUACACUGGUGGGCAGCUAAAGUUACUUUUGUUCUCAUGAAUUGAAAUGUGAACAGAAUCAUGUUGAAGUAUUCAUAGCAAUGCAUUUCAGUUUGCUGUGUGAAUGCAUACCGAUUACUUUUUUUGUUCCACUGUAAAUCUGGGAGAACUGGCUAUAGAGUAAUUUGUCAGUUUUGUUCAGUCUUGCAUGUUUUGCUCAUAGUGAGACUGAAAUUGGUUGCAACAUGCACAUUAAGACGGUUUUGUCCUUUUCCCAUAGAGCUAAGAGAGCAGUAAGAAAUAUAUUUUUAUGAGGCUUUGUAUAUGAUCUCUAGAUAAUGGAUGUAGUUGUUAAAUCUUCCAGAGAGUGAGAAAUUGUUAAUCUUGAACCUCAAUAAUGAAUGUGUGUGUACGUGUUUGAAUGAGAGGGAGAUGUCAAGGUUCUCCAUAGAACGAUCAGCUGUUGGGUGAAAAGGCCUUCUGAGCUUUUUGCGACCAUUAGCUUUCUUCGCAUUGCCGUGUGUAACAAGAUCUUCAGUUUCCUGCAGCCUAGCCAAGCCAACUGGUGUCAGUGCUCUAAAAUUAUCCCUCUUCCUGCACUUCAUGUUCCUUGAAUGGACAGUGCAUUGGGUGGAAUUUCUAGUGGGGCAACCGUUUUUCCUGUGCUUCUGACUCGCAUCACUGUAGAUGAGGGGUUGAACGCUAGUAUGUCACAAAUCCCUUUCUUGUAAUUGAGGGCUAGGAGGAGUUGCCAUAGCCAGGGUAAUAACUUUAGUCUUCCGAAAUAGAUGUAAAAGUGUGUGGAUUCCAGUUUUGGCUCUAAUCAGUGUUGCUGUGCUUAUAAUCCUCAUUAUGCUUUACUGUCUCCUAGCUUGAUAUUUGUCAUUGUAAAGGGAUAGUUCACCCAAAAAUGAAAAUUUUUGAUGUUGUUCCAAAACCCAAAUGACACUUGUUUCUUCCUUGCAAUACACAAGGAAAUGUUAGGCAGAAUAUUAGCCUCAGUCACCAUUCACUUUCAUUGCAUUGUUUUCCAUGCAAUGAAAGUGAAUAGUGACUGAAGCUAACAUUCUUCUGUGUUCCACAGAAGAAAGUUAUACUGAUUGGUGUAAGCAAAGAUGUCAGAAUUUUCAUUUUUGGGUUGAACUAUCCCUUUGAUGACUUGCAAAUGUUGCAAUCAUCAAAGAUAUUAUUUUUUUUGUUAGACCACAUUAAAUUAUGUGAAUGGCUAUUCUUGUCUGUUCUCUCCCUGCCCCCCGCAUGCUUAUGCGUUCCUCUUUCGCCAUUAGUCCAUUGAAAGAAAUGCUAGUGCGUUGCUGCUAUUACGUAAUGGCCAUCAGCUGCCCCCUGCCCCUCAGUUUCCCCCUGCUCGUGCUCCACAGCUCAUGCUGGUUCACUGCGUACAAGCACACAAUAGAUAACACGUUCCUUCUCUUAUCUGCUGUAGCACAGACUUUUAGGGUAAGGAGAAGGGUCACACCCCAGAGCGUAUUCAGCUAGAAUGAAGUUUUACCUUGUGUAUUUGUUUGCAUAUCAUGCCUUUUUUUUUUUUUUUUCUUCUUCCUUAUGCUUCUAUUUUUGGCACAUGUAGACAGUGGCCUGUUAUCUGAACCAGCAACAGCACAUAGGUGCCUUUGUUGUUGUUAUCCAUUUGGGAUCAGCUUAUGACAGUGUAUGAAACAAAUAAAAACACUUUUUACA